AUGAAUAACUCCGGCUCUCCAACUUCGCACGAGAUCCCAGCAGAACCUUCUCCCGCCUAUCAGGAAUUUGAUGUCCGCCAUGGCUCGACGAUGUCCAAUGUUCCCGGUAUCGGUGUUAGAGACAAUGGCCGGGUUGGUGUCGAUAUCAGCUCCGGUCUGAAUCAACGGCUCUCGCGACUUCUGACAACCUACCCCACAGAUUUUAGCCAACCUGACCCCGUCCCAUCACCAAAAUACCUAGAAGAGGAACAAUUUCCAUUGCGGCUCAACAUCGUCGUUCAAGUCAUCGGCAGCAGGGGAGACGUUCAACCCUUUGUUGCUCUCGGGCAAGAACUGAAAUCACACGGCCAUCGCGUGCGACUCGCAACACAUGAUGUAUUCAAAAGCUUUGUCGAGGCUGCUGGGCUGGAGUUCUUCCCGGUCGGUGGGAAUCCGUCGGAGCUCAUGGCUUAUAUGGUGAGGAAUCCGGGUCUUAUUCCCAGUAUCGAAAGCCUACGAGCAGGAGAUAUUCAACAAAAGAGGAAAAUGAUAGGGGAAAUGCUGCAAAACUUCUGGAAGUCUUGUAUCGAACCUGACGAGGAGACUGGAAACCCUUUUGUCGCCGACGCAAUUAUAUCGAAUCCUCCAAGUUUCGCUCAUGUUCAUUGCGCACAAGCUCUGGGAGUCCCUCUGCAUAUGAUGUUUACGAUGCCGUGGACUAGAACAAAGGCUUUUGCGCACCCAUUAGCAAAUUUAGCGAAUCAUAACGAGGAUCCCAGGGUCGCUAACUAUCUUUCAUAUUAUGUCGUGGAAGCCUUGACUUGGCAAGGGCUAGGGGAUCUUGUGAAUGAUUGGCGAGACCAGACGCUGAGCUUGGAGCCAAUUCCCACCACGGAAGGGUGCCGUCUCCUCGAAACGCUCAAGGUCCCAUUUUCGUACUGUUGGUCUCCAGGCCUAAUACCGAGGCCGAGUGAUUGGGAUUCGAGUAUAGACGUCUGUGGGUUCUUCUUCAGGAAGCCACCAAGCUACACCCCACCAGAGGAUCUUGAAAAAUUCCUAAAUUCGGGUCCGAUGCCUAUAUAUAUAGGAUUUGGUAGCAUAGUCGUCGACGAUCCAGACCGAAUAUUAACGAUAGUCUUGAAAGCGGUGCAAACGCUAGGGAUCCGGGCUAUCAUCUCGAAGGGUUGGAGUGAACUGAAGGGAACUGGUGACCCGAAUAUUUUCUACAUAGGGGACUGUCCCCACGAAUGGCUUUUUCAGCAGGUUAGCGCUGUGGUACAUCAUGGCGGGGCUGGUACAACAGCUUGUGGGCUUCUUUAUGGCCGCCCGACGGUAAUUGUGCCGUUUUUUGGAGAUCAACCAUUCUGGGGCGAAAUGCUAGCAAGAACAGGCGCUGGGCCAAAGCCCGUUCCAUAUGCAUCACUUACUUCUAGAAAGCUUGCCGACGCCAUAGAGUAUUCUCUGACACCUGAAGCCGCCGAUGCGGCAUCCAAAAUUUCUGAGAGCAUGAAGAAAGAGUCGGGAGUCAAAAGAGCAGUGCAAUUUUUUCAUGCCAAUCUCCCACUGGCAAAACUGACCUGUACCAUUUUCCCAGACCAGCCAGCGGCAUGGUCUUAUAAGGGUAAACAAAACCCCAUCUUACUUUCCAAACGGGCAGAAAAUAUCUUGACCGGACGGCAAAAAAUCGAUCAGAAGAAACUGAAGCUGUAUAAGUCACAUCCUAUCUUUAUUGAGCCGGAAAGGUGGGAUCCGGCAACGGCCGUAUCUGCAGCAUUAUUAGCGACAUUCGCCCGGACCGCGAAUGCCACAGCUGGAGUAUUCACUAAGCCCUAUGAGAAAUACAAAGAAAUCAACGGAGCUUUAGACAACUUAGAAGAAGAUCGUUUUGGUGAUGCUGUGACGAAUAAGACUGCUGUGCACAGCAAACACAAUGCACUAAACAAUUAUCGUACGACAAAAGCUCUAGCAUCUGCAUCUGCAUGUAGUGCCGGAAAAGCCCUCAUGACAUGGUCUAGAGGAAUAUUCGUUGACGUCCCCGUGGCAGCGACCGAGGGCCUCCGUGCUCUGCCUCGUGCUUACGACGAUGUUAAGCCACAUGGACAUGUCAAAGGCUUCAAGACUGGAGUGUCUGUUGCUGGAGAGGUAUUCGGCCAGAGUGUCGCCGGAGCGGUAACCGACAUUGUCGUGUUUACUUAUAGAGGUAAGAAGGAAGAAGGUCCUAAGGGAGUCGCCAAAGGAUUAGCCAAAGGGCUGUUCAGUAUUCCAACGAAGACUAGCGCAGCGACUCUAGGGUUAGUCGCUUAUCCUUUACAAGGCCUAGCUCGCAGCAUACAUAGUGCCACGCGAACCACGACCAAGGAAGCAAUAGAACGUGCUAAGAGAGCUGAAGGAGCUUGGUUUCAAAAGAAUUACCCGUCUGGAAUAGAGGAUUUUGAUUAUGUGGUAGCUGACUUUGAAUCGCUCGCUGGGAGAGUAAUGAAGUCACUGUAA